CAAAACAAGCAGAAAACAGGAGUGGAGGGAUGUGUCGAGGCGGCUUGGGAGGGGCUUGGAAAGUAUCAGCUUGUAAAGUUCAGCUGUGGAGACGCGCACCCGAGCAUUCCUCUGCAGACUGCUGCGCUGCUACUGUUUUAGCAAGGGGCUGGUUUGUUUUGUUUUUGUGAAAGUUUGAAUUAUAAGACAAGUAAUUAUACCGGCGGGAUAGUCUGCAGGAAGUAUUUCAACGGGUCCGUGUCAGCUACUGUACUGUGCCGCUGGGACUCCGAGUUUUAUUCGCUGGUUUGCCAAAGGCGUGUUUUGAAGAAAUAAAGUUUAUUUAAAAAAGAAGGAAAGACGGAGGAAAGAGAGAGUGUUGAAAUAUGAUCACCUUUUUGUUUCUGGGGCUUUGUGUUCUCAAAGUGGCAUCUUCACUGACACAGUUUGCCGCGAUCUACCCGCUGGACCCAGCUCUGCCGAUCGGAGCCUCUCUGACGGCGACUUGCACGGUGAGCUCGGAGCUGGGGCUGGAAGCCAGGACUCUGUACUGGACCCUGAACAGCAAACGCCUCCCCAGCGAGAACUACACCGUCCUGAACCGCACGGCUCUCACCGUCUCCCUGCAGCGGCUCAACGGCUCCCGCCAGCAAUCCGGGGACAACCUGGUGUGUCACAGCGCCGACGGGCACAUCCUCGCCGGCUCCUGCGUCUACGUGGGGAUGCCCCCAGAGAAACCAGUGAACCUCAGCUGCUGGUCCAGGAACACCAAGGAUCUGACGUGCAGAUGGAUGCCGGGCGGGAAUGGGGAGUCCUUCCUGAGGACCAAGUACACCCUGAAGUACAAACUACGGUGGUACGGUCACGAGAAGGAGUGUGAGGACUAUAACCUGGGGGAGCCCUACUCCUGCUACAUCCCCAGAGACUUGGCUCUGUUCACGCCCUACGAGAUCUGGGUGGAGGCAUCCAAUCAGCUGGGAGCGGCCGGCUCUGAUGUCACCAUCCUCGACGUCCUGGAUGUGGUGACCACAGACCCCCCCUCGGACGUGCAGGUGAGCCGGGUGGGGGAGCUGGAGGACCAGCUGAGCGUGCGCUGGAGCACCCCCCCCGCCCUCAAGGACUUCCUCUUCCAGGCCAAGUACCAGAUCCGCUAUCGCGUGGAGGACAGCUCCGAGUGGAAGGUGGUGGAUGAUGUCGGGAAUCAGACCUCGUGCCGGCUGGCCGGGCUCAAGUCCGGCACGGUGUAUUUCGUCCAGGUGCGCUGCAACCCCGUCGGGAUCUACGGCUCCAAGAAAGCUGGGAUCUGGAGCGACUGGAGCAACCCCACCGCCGCGUCCACGCCGAGGAGCGAUCGGCUGGGAGCCGGCGUGUGCGACCCCAAGGCUGGCGAGCAGAACUCCACCCUGCGUCGGGAGCUCAAGCAGUUCUUCGGCUGGGUGCGGAAACACGCUUACGGCUGCACGGGCCUCAGCAUCAAGCUCUACGACCAGUGGAGGGUGUGGCUGCAGAAAUCCCACAAAACACGCAACCAGGUAGAUACUACAAGGAGAUAAAUCCUAGCCAUGUAAACCAUCUCGGAAAAAUAUACUGGACUUACGGUACUUGGAGAAAAACCCUUGCCAGCAGUGAUGUCGUGGUACAGAAGAGACUGAAUGCUGGGAAGACUCCGGUUCAUCACACGCACUGUAAUGGUGUACAAUACCGCUUUGCAAAGCAUUUCUGGAUUUUUUGCUCCUCUGGAGUUUUUCGCCAUCCCCAAAGUCAUUUUCCAACGAGUCCUAAAGGACAUGCUUGUAUUGCAUUGUGACCCGGUGCGUACAGAUCGCACACUGAACUCCAGAAUCUAGUUCCCUUCUCAUUCCAGAAUCCAGGACAAGAAUCUAUCAGGUGGGAAGUUUCACUGAAAUAUUUACCGCGGAAAUUGUUUCAGCUUGAAUGGCACUUCCGUGAGGCAUGUUUGCAGAAGCGAUCUCGUCCAUUGCCACUUUCUUAUUGAUACCUGUGCAGCGUUGCUUAUUGUAAAGUCAUUUUUGAUGCUUCGCAUCCCUUUGUUUUAAUGCUUCCUGUUUAAACGACACCAGUCUCCAGCGAGUUGUUCAGCAUUAUGAGAAGCGAUACAUUUUAAAUGUGUUUAAGCAAAGCCACUCACAUUGAAUAAAAACGUUUCUUAAAUCUGCAUACUUCACUUAACCAACCAGACAGCAUUAAAUACAGUACGAGUGAAUGGAACCCUCUCCAGUUGUGUUUUUUUUUUAAUAAUAAUCUUUUGUUUAAUAAUUUCAGUAACUUCCCGACACUGUGGACCUGCAGCUUCGAAUAGAUAGUUCAGCGUUUUCACAGCACUUAAAUACAAACACUGUGUGAUCAGCAGGUUUUGAUUGUGGACGACCGUCGUCCACAAUCAGCAUGCGUUCAUGUGGUGUGCAUUAUCUAGGUGGCGUGGAGAGCUUACAAGGUAACCUCAGUUCUCUCGCAGGUCACGCCGAGCGUUAUCGUUGUUAUGAAGAAGACAAAAUUCAGAACAGGUCAAGAGAUUUGUGAUUUUUUUUUAUUCUGUGCUGGAUAGCUUAAGGCUGAUGGAAACCUAAGCAUUUUUGUGCAGUUAUCAAUAAACAAAUAAAAAUUAAAAUCAAA